UUGACAGUUCGUCGGCACUAGUAAAUAUUAUUUUUUAUGGGAAUCUUUGAAAAGUUAUAUUUUUUUGUGGAAUCGUAGUUAUAUUUGCAAAAAUAUUACUUUGCCAUUAUGGUGACAUGUUCAGUGAUAGAAUGUUGCACGACGCAGCGCAAUAAUCCAGACAAAUUAACUUUUCACAGGAUUCCAUUGGAUGUGAAGGCACAAAACACAUGGCUAAGAUUAAUCGAUCGUCCUAACUGGACUCCCACAAAACAUGCAUGUCUAUGCAGUAAACAUUUUGAUGAUAAAUAUUUCCGUAGAAUAGGAAAGAAGAGAUUUUUAAUGAAAUGUGCCAUUCCAACAAAAUUUAUACCGGUGAAGUUCAAACCCAAGCGAACAGCAUCUUCUUAUGUAUACAGAGAUAUUGCAGACAUGGUAUCAUCUAUACCACUCACAUCGGAAACUACAUCCACGAAACAGUUUACAUCAAUGUCAUCAAAGAAAUCGAAACUUAAAAUAAAUACAAAUACAAGGAAAUUAAUACUAAAGUAUUCUAAAAUGCGUCAAAAAAUGAUAAAGAAAGAUCAAAUUAUUCAAAAUCUAAGAGCACAAAACCAACAUUUUCAAAACAAAAUUAUAUCUUUAGUAUCAGUGCUUCAUGAAAUACGAAAGCAAAUUAAUAUGUAACAUUUAUAUAUAUGUAAAU